CCAUGAGCAAGAUGGCGGAACUUCCGGCUCCGCACUUCCGCAUCCGGUCCCGGCAGCAGCGGCGGCGGCGUCAGUCCUCGGUUCAGCGCUCCGGCGGAGAGGUUGUGUCGUAGGCGGCUGACAGCUGCACCGAGGAUGAUCGAAGUGGUGUGCAACGAUCGUCUGGGCAAGAAGGUCCGCGUGAAAUGCAACACCGAUGACACCAUCGGGGAUUUGAAGAAACUGAUCGCAGCCCAGACAGGCACCCGCUGGAAUAAGAUCGUCCUUAAGAAGUGGUACACCAUCUUCAAGGACCACGUGUCUCUGGGGGACUAUGAGAUCCAUGACGGCAUGAACCUGGAACUGUAUUAUCAGUAGAGGACCUCGAUUCCCUUCUCCUCCCCCUGCCCCGCUCCCAUGCUGCUGUGGGCAUCUGUUUUUAAUGGUUUAUGUCAAUAAAACAAUGAAAGAACCCA